CCUCCUCAUACUUCUCCAGUGCCUGCUGAGUGCAUCAGUGGGAGCAGCUAUAUGCGGCAGAAAGACUUGAAUCACUCAUGUGUUGAGGUGAAGUGCUCUCCAGCAAAGGAGCGCUCUGGCUUUGUCUGACGUCUCAACUCAACUUUUUAGGAAACUAUUCAUCCUUUACCAGCCGAAAUGGAAGAUUACAGACAUCGGAUUCCAACACGAACACCUGCAUGAGAAAGGGAGUCUUGAUACCUGGCAGCUUCAUGUGACGGUUCCACCACUGAGGGGUGUCUGAGCAGCUGGAGCGGAAACUGAACCUCUGAGGGAAAAGAUAAGAAUAUCUCACUUUUGCUUAGAUCAGGGAGGAGUAGCUUAUCUGAGCCGGAAAAAAGCAGAACUGAGGCAAUAUGUUUGUGAUGGGCCAUAAUCAGCUCCCGCCUCAACUAAAGAAGAUGAGACGGUUGGUAUACAUGAGUACUGUCAUCACCGUCCUCUCUCUCACCCUGCUGCUGUGGACAUACAGGCCCGACAGGACCUUCCAGUACUACAGAGCAGCCACUGAGCCUCAGAUCCCGGUGCAGUUAACAGUUGCAGGACAAAUAGUUCCUCGGAGACAAAAGUUGCCUUUCGUGGCGGUCAACGGGACAAAGACACUGCUGGUGGCAGCUUAUCAGGAGCACCGCACAGGGAAACAGGAGGUUCGUCUUAUUGCAGUGGUGCUGAGGAGCGAGACAGUUGCCUAUCGCUGCCUCCUCCGAUGUCAGGAGCAACUGCGCUUCUCUGAAGGUUUCAGCAGCAUCCACACGGAUCACUUUGGCUUUGCGUAUGGGACAGCAGACAUCAUGUGUCCUCUCCCCUCAGGCUGUGAGACCCCAUCUCAUAUCGCUGUGACCUCUGCUGCAGCCGACUUUGAAGAUACACCUGACAAAACGUUUUUGGAGGUGAAGAACCAGAAGGCACAGAGUGACUCCUUUCCUUACAACUUCACCGUCUGCUUCUCCGCCAUGUAUGAUUUCACCAACGUGCUGCAGCUGGUCCAGAGUUUGGAAAUGCUGCAGUUAUUGGGGGUGAACAGAGUUGUCAUCUAUAAGACCAGCAGCAGCCCUGAAACACAGCGCAUACUGGACUACUACACAUACAAAGGUUUAGUAGAGGUGAUUCCUUGGUCUAUGUCCAGAUUUCUGAACGUAUCUCGAAAUUGGCUGCCCUCUCUCGGUGAAGGUGACCUCCACUACUUUGGCCAGAUUCCUGCUCUCAAUGACUGUAUUUACAGAUACAUGUACCAAUCCAGAUAUGUGGCCCUGCAUGAUAUUGAUGAGCUCAUACUGCCCCAGUCAAUCAACAGUUGGUCAGAGCUGUUGCCUCUGCUGGAAAGGAAUUAUGGCGCUGACGGGUGUUACAAGUUUGUGAAUAAUGUGUUCCCCAACACUGUUGCGCUGCCACCACCCACCUCCCAAACCCUGCCCCCACAGAGCUGCUGCCCCGGCUGGCAGAAUGUGUCUGGGGUGAACAUCCUGGCUCACCUGUACCACGAACCCAUCACUGGAAAUCCUUCUUACAGCAACUACAAAAUCAUUGUCAACCCCCGAGCUGUGUUCUCUGCAACCGUCCACGGACUGCUGAGCUCACAGAAUGACUGCUACUGGGUUGAAAUGGAUAUAGCACGACUGUACCACACAAGCGGUCCGAAAACCAUGCUGACUCCAGACCAGCUGAUUUAUGAUGGACGACUGCUGAGCUACAGUGCCCACCUCAUACCAAAUGUCAAUACUGUGUUCAGAGAGAGUGGACUUCUACCAGAGGACACCAUACAGUAGCUCUAGUGCGUGUGUGUGUGCGUGUGUGUGCGUUCCUUGUGACAAACUAUCCUUGUGACAUUUUGUCUGGUGCUCACCUUUUCAAAGGUUGAUUUUCUGGUUCAGGAUCCCCUCUACGACGUUUUAAAACUUUGAAUACUGAUUUGCACCUUCAGCUGGUGAAUGUGAAAACAAACUGCACACGCAUUAUUCUGCACAGUGAAGCUCAAACAACCACGUGAAGGAACAAUAAGUAACCCACAUUUUUGAUUGGAGGGGGAAUUUAAGAUUAGAUUAAGGUUUAGUUUCAAGUUCAGCCUUUCAGCCUGAAUUCAGCUCAGGUUUUAUUCCCAUUAGUAAUAAUAAAUUGUACUCGUCACCAAGUUAAUUGAUGAGAUGUGGGAACACAGUGAUAUUGAUAUAGAAAUAAUUCAAAUGGGGUAAGAAACAAGCUGCCAGAUGAUUAGAAAAAAAACCCAGGUUAGUAUUUGGAAGAGAAAUCAAAGAUGAACAGUAAACUGUCAUAUGUAAACAUCCACCACUUACUGUAGCUGUGCACAGUUUUCCUGUGCAAUGAGGCGUUAUUACUGACAUUUCAAGUGUGGCCUCAAAAUACAAUGGUUUAGGUGUUUUGCUUAAACUGACCGCUUGUUUUCAACCUGUCUGAUCAUCUGGCUGCGAUUUGACUUUGUUUAACAAUGUUCGAAAUACGUGACAUCAUCUCCCCACUGUAGCA